GUCGUUGAAAAGAGGAAGCUUCAGUGCUCUAGCACCUCACUGUGUGUUUGCACACAGACUGAUUGUCAAUCUGCUCCAUCUGGAAACACACAACUAGGAUCAACUACAGCUGGCCGCUAACAUGCUCAAGGACUGAAAGGACAGAGUUAGAAGGAGAUCAACACUCCGGAACUCACCACAUACAGUUAAUUGCAUCCUGGUGGCUGAAUUUUGUGAGGGAACUUCAUUAAGGGAGCCACCAUCCAGAAGCCAACAUGACUGACAAAGUGAAUACAUUGCCGUUCUUCUAUGGUAACAUCACUAGGGAGGAAGCAGAGGACUACCUGCAGCAGGCAGGCACAAGCAACGGCUUGUACCUGCUACGGCAAAGCCGAAACUAUCUCGGAGGCUUCGCACUGUCUGUGUCGUAUUCAGGCCGCUGCUACCACUACACCAUAGAAAGAGAACCCAAUGAAACCUAUGCCAUUGCAGGUGGUAAGAGCCACAGAAGCCCUGUGGAUGUGAUUGAUUAUCACUCUCAGGAGAUGGAUGGCCUUGUGUGUCUGCUAAAGAAGCCCUGCAACAGGCCCAAGAACAUGCAGCCAAAGGUGGGGCCAUUUGAGGACCUGAAGGAAAAACUGAUCCGAGAGUAUGUAAAACAAACCUGGAACCUGCAGGGAGCAGCUCUGGAGCAAGCCAUCAUCAGUCAGAGGCCUCAGCUGGAGAAGCUCAUUGCCACCACUGCACAUGAAAAAAUGCCCUGGUUCCAUGGAGCAAUAACACGAGAAGACUCUGAGCCCAGGCUUCAAAAUGGCUCCCGUACAAAUGGCAAAUUUCUGAUCCGACAAAGAGAUCUGCAUGGAUCGUAUGCUCUGUGUUUACUACAUGAAGGACAAGUCAUGCAUUAUCGCAUUGACAGGGACAGGACUGGCAAGCUGUCUAUCCCAGAUGGAAAGAAGUUUGACACCCUGUGGCAGCUGGUGGAGCACUACUCAUGCAAACCAGACGGCCUGCUGCGAGUGCUAACAGAGCCCUGUCCAAGGCCUGAUGGAGAAACUGGACGCCCACUACUCCCACGGGACCAUCCUGGAUUAAGUUCUGCCUUUCAAAGUGCGGCAGGUGGAAUUCUCUCCAGACUCAGAACUGUUCCCAUACCUGGCCGAAAAAAGACCCGGGGAUCUCGACACAACACCACAGAUAAUCUCAAUCCUUAUGAAACCACAGUGCCCAAUAAUCAAGCAACCAGCAAAGAGGCCAUGCCAAUGGACACAGAGGUAUAUGAGAGUCCAUACGCAGACCCAGAUGAAUUGAGGAGUUCCACUGUGGAUCGCAGCCAGCUGUUUUUGGAGGAUGGAGAACUUGGCUCUGGGAACUUUGGUACAGUCAUGAAGGGCAUCUACAAGAUGAGGAAGACUGAGAAGCCAGUUGCAGUCAAAAUCCUAAAGAAUGAUGACAACAACCCAUCAGUACGUGAGGAAAUGUUGCGAGAAGCCAAUGUGAUGCAGCAGCUGGACAAUCCUUAUAUUGUCCGGAUGAUUGGUAUCUGUGAAGCAGAGAACCUCAUGCUGGUAAUGGAGCUGGCUGAACUGGGACCGCUUAACAAGUUCCUGCAGAAGAACAAGCAAACAACCCUAAAGAACAUUACAGAACUGGUCCACCAGGUGUCUGUGGGUAUGAAGUACCUGGAGGAGCAUAACUUCGUCCACAGGGACCUUGCUGCCAGGAAUGUGCUGCUGGUCACACAGCACUAUGCAAAGAUCAGUGACUUUGGCCUCUCCAAAGCUGUUGCUGAGGAACAAAACUACUACAAGGCCAAGGGUCACGGGAAGUGGCCAGUGAAAUGGUACGCCCCCGAAUGUAUAAACUACUUCAAAUUCUCAUCCAAAAGUGAUGUGUGGAGCUUUGGGGUGCUCAUGUGGGAAGCUUACUCCUGUGGCCAGAAACCAUACAAGGGAAUGAAAGGAAAUGAUGUCAUGCAGAUGAUAGAAAGUGGAAAGCGGAUGGAUGCCCCAGUGAACUGUCCACCAGAGAUGUAUGACCUCAUGAGGACGUGCUGGACCUACAAGGCAGACGAAAGGCCUGGAUUUACUGUUGUUGAACCAAGACUACGAGAGUAUUAUUAUGACAUUGCACAGUGAUUCUUCACAUGGAUGUUAUAAGACUAUGCAAACUAUUGGUUGAUGAGAAAAACUGCAUUUAAUCAUAUGAAUGACUGUAGAUGGUUAUGAUUUAUAAAUGCUACUGUUGAAUACUCACUUCAAGUGGAGGAUUUAUUCUAUUUUUUAGACAUAGACCAUAGUUAUGCAAAUUACAUCUAUUUUAUUUCUUUUCUUGUUCCUCCUGAAUGUAAACAAUGUAAAAGCUGUAAUAAACAGAUAAAAGUCCAGCUCAUUCUAUGAACAAACAUUCAUGUUACAGCUAACUAACUGAUUCAUUUGGUAGAUGUCUUUCAUAUAUUCAUUAAGUGUGUUAAUGUAUAGUAGCUGCACCAUUGCAAUGUUAUUAAAGUAAAACCAAAAAACAUCCUUUGAAAAAGGCUGCUGAGAAGUGGAGUAGGCUCAUGCCUUUAUACAAAUCCAUACUAAAGUUCAUAUUUUUAUACUGUUUAUUUAAAAAAAUGACAAAGAAGCAAUUGUAAUAAUUGAAGCAAGACGUGAUGGACAACAGAAAAUAUUGAAGACCUACUCAUUGCUUUGUCUGAGACAGCUAUGUCUAUGUAGAUUCAUUUCCUGAUACAUCCAGAUUGUAAACUGUUAAAAAUUGAUUGUUUAUUACAAUCACUGGACAAUUAAAAGAACAAUCACCAAAA